CAGUCUGAUGCCAACAUGGGAAAGAUCAUAUUUUACGAAGACAGAAACUUCCAAGGCCGCUCUCAUGAGAGCAGUAGCGACUGUGCCGACCUCCACUCCUACUUCAACAGAUGUAACUCCAUCAGGGUGGAGAGUGGCUGCUUCAUGGUCUAUGAGAGGCCCAACUACACGGGAAACCAGUACUACCUGAGGAGAGGGGAGUACUCUGAUAACCAGCGUAUGAUUGGAAUGAAUGACUGUGUCAGAUCCUGCCGGAUGAUCCCCCAGCACCAAGGCUCCUACAGGAUGAGGCUUUACGAACGCGCCGACAUGUCUGGCCAGAUGCACGAGCUGGUGGACGACUGUCCAAAUGUCCAGGACCACCUCAGCAUGUCCGACUUCAACUCCUGUAAUGUGAUGGACGGCCACUGGCUGCUCUACGACCAACCCAACUACAAGGGCAGAGCGUACUACCUGAGGCCCGGAGAGUACAGGAGAUACAGCGACUGGGGUGGCGUCAGCCCAAGAGUCGGUUCCCUCAGAAGAAUCACAGACAUCAUCUGAAGUCAAGCUUCGUUUAAAUUUAUCUUUCCCUGAGUUAAA